CCAGGGCGGUUCAGAGUCCUGGCGGGAGGAAGCCUUAGCCGGCGGCCGCGGCGAGAGGAGGGCACUUUCCGUUCGCGUUUGGCUCUCGAGCACCGCGUCCCCACGCCUCGCUGCGGCCGCUCGGUGCCCUCUCCCGGGCAUGCGCCCCCGAGCCCGCGGCCACCCCGAGCCCGUGCUGACCCUCGCCGCCUCCCCAGAGCCGACCACUCGCGAUGGGCGCCCUGGGCCCCUUGCCGCCGCCGCCGCCGCUGCCGCUGUUGCUGCUAAUGCUAGGACUCACCUGCACAGCCCGGGAGGUGCUGGUACCCCAGGGUCCUCUGUACCGUGUGGCUGGCACCACCAUCUCCCUCCCCUGCAACGUCAGCGACUAUGAUGGCCCCGAGGAACAGGACUUUGAGUGGUUCCUGUACCGGCCAGAAGCACCUGAGGCAACCCUGGGCAUCAUCAGUACCAGGGAUCCUCACUUCACCUACGCCAUCUUCAGGCCUCGUGUGAUCUCGGGCGAGUUGCGGGUGGAGCGGUUGCGUGGCAAUGCCGUGGUACUCCACAUUGCACGUCUGCAGCUCCAGGAUGCUGGUGUGUUCGAGUGCUACACACCGUCCACUGACACCCAGUACCUGGGCAGCUACAGUGGCAAGGUGGAGCUGAGAGUUCUCCCAGAUCUUCUGCAUGUAGCUGCUGCUUCUGUGGGACCCCGUGGCCGCCAGGCCCUCUUGACUCCUCCCCGGCUGACAGUACCUGAGGGCCAGGAGCUGGCGCUGGGCUGUGUGGCGAGGACCAGCACGAAACAACACACACAUCUGGCUGUGUCUUUCGGGCGGGCAGUGCCUGAGGCUCCUGUGGGCCGUGCUACACUGCAGGAGGUCGUGGGGUUACGACCAGACCUGGCUGUGGAGGCAGGGGUACCCUAUGCUGAGCGCCUGGCUGCUGGGGAGCUGCGUCUGGGCAAGGAGGGGCCUGAGAACUACAGAAUGGUGGUGGGUGGGGUGCAGGCGGAAGACUCGGGCACCUACCACUGCACUGCGGCCGAGUGGAUCCAGGAUCCUGACGGCAGCUGGACUCAGAUCCAUGAGAAGCGGGCAGUGCUGGCCCACGUGGACAUCCAGACUCUGUCUAGCCAGAUGGCAGUGGCUGUUGGGCCCGGAGAGCGGCAGGUCGGACCUGGAGAACCCCUGGAGCUGCUCUGCAAUGUGUCUGGAGUGCUGCCCCCCUCAGGACGUCAUGCCGCCUACUCAGUGGGCUGGGAGAUGGCCCCCGCUGGAGUGCCUGGGCCCGGACGCCUGGUGGCCCAGCUGGACACCGAGGGCGUGGGCAGCCUGGGCUCAGGCUACGAGGGCCGGCACAUUGCCAUGGAGAAGGUGGCCUCCAGGACCUACCGACUACGACUGGAGGCUGCCAGGCCGGGUGAUGCAGGCACCUACCGCUGCCUGGCCAAGGCCUAUGUCCGCGGGACCGGGGCACGGCUCCGAGAGGCAGCCAGCGCGCGCUCCCGACCCCUCCCUGUGCACGUGCGGGAGGAAGGUGUGGUUCUAGAGGCAAUGGCGUGGCUGUCUGGGGGCACCGUGUAUCGCGGGGAGACUGCCUCCCUAUUCUGCAACAUCUCCGUGCGUGGUGGGCCCCCUGGGCUGCGACUGGCUGCCAGCUGGUGGGUGGAGCGGCCUGAGGAAGGGGAGCUAGGCUUGUCUCCCCCACACCUGGUGGGGGUCUUGGGCCAGGAUGGCGUGGUUGAGCUGGGGGACCGUCCUGGAGGAGGCCCUGUCAGUGUGGAGCUGGUGGGGCCGCGGUGCCAUCGACUGAGGCUGCACAGCCUGGGGCCAGAGGACGAGGGUGUUUACCACUGCACCCCCAGCGCCUGGAUACAGCAUCCUGACUACAGCUGGUACCAGGCGGGCAGUGUGCGCUCCGGACCUGUCACGGUGUACCCCUACACACACGCACUGGACACCCUGCUGCUGCCCCUCCUGGUGGGCACAGGGGUCGCCCUGGUCAUGGGUGCCACCAUCCUGGGCACCAUCACCUGCUGCUUUAUGAAGAGGCUGCGCAAGCGGUGACUCCUUGCUCCAGGUGCUCACCCUCCCAGCUCCUGCUGCCUGCACCCUCUCCCCUGUCGGUUUCACCGUUAAUUUAUUCAACCCUCCUGGAAUCUUUCCCCUUUUCCUGAUCCAGCCCUCCCCUGGCCUCUGGCCUGACCUUAUGUCCAGCCCACCGGCAGGCCCUUUCUAUCCCAGAAUUAGUUUUUCUAAACUGUGAAUAAACGUGUUUUCUAAACCUG